UGGACAAGAGUGCACUUCUGCCUGGUGUAUUAAUAUUGGAUAUUGAAUGAACCCCGCCAAAUUAAUGGUCCCCGGGAAGCGCGGCCAAUUAAGCACGCGAAUUCCCCGCCAGCGCAGCUGGAGCUUACCUUGACCGGGACCUUUAUUCGACCAGUGUAACCCGCAGUGACAGGGCAGUGGCCGUCCGAGACCUCCGAACCCUUGUGUCCCAUGUUUCCGUACGGAUACCUUAGCUUACCUUCAUGUUGACUUUCCUCCCUCCACCUCCCGCCCUGAUCAACCCUCACUUGACCACGUAGCACGCGACACACCCUCCAAUCCGAGAGACGACAAGACGACUCGCAUACGAACACCGCCAAACAAUAGAUGCAGACGCCAUGAACAGCUCACGAGCGGGGAGACCAUCAAAGUCUCCUCUGUUCUUGGUCCUCGCCGCAAUCCUCAUCUUCGCAGUAGCCGUUGAGGCCUCGUACGGCGAUCGGUUACCAGAGUUCCGAGAAUGCGUCCAAGUCUGCCACGAUGAGAACUGCGCUCCUGGCAAAGAUGCUACACCAAUCCCCUUCCACCGUCGCCUCCUCCUCUGGACCUGCGCCUCCGAAUGCGACUACACCUGCCAACACAUAAUCACAAAAGAGCGCCUCGCCGCCGGUGAGCGCGUAGUCCAAUUCCACGGAAAAUGGCCCUUCCCCCGCAUCCUGGGCAUCCAGGAACCCGCCAGCACCCUCUUCAGCCUGGGCAACCUCUGGGCCCACCAGAACGGCUGGCGAAAGCUCCGCGCCGUCAUCCCGGCGUCGUACCCGCUGCGGCCCUGGUACGAGUGGCUCGCGGGCGUGGGCAUCGCCUCGUGGACGUUCAGCGCAAUUUUCCACACGCGCGACUUUGUGGCCACGGAGCAGCUCGACUACUUUGCUGCGGGCGCGAGCGUGCUGUACGGGCUGUACUACACCGUGGUGCGCAUCAUGCGCCUCGACCGGCCGACGCCGCGCCGGAGAUCGGUCCUGCGCGCGUGGACGCUGCUGUGCGUGCUGCUUUACGCCGGGCACAUUGCCUACCUCAAGGGCGUGCGUUGGGAUUACACGUACAACAUGACGGCAAACGUCAUUAUUGGCGUCAUUCAGAACCUCAUGUGGUUGUGGUUCAGUUUGAACAAGUACAGGCAGUCACGGAGGACGUGGGCUAUCUGGCCGAGUAUUGUUGUCGCCGUUGUCGUCAUGGUUAUGAGUCUGGAGCUAUUUGACUUCCCGCCUGUGUGGGGUGCUCUGGAUGCGCACAGUUUAUGGCACCUUGGCACGAUACCGCCAACGGUACUGAUGUACAAGUAAGUCGGCAGUGACACUGGAACUGGCUUGCUGAGUUGACUGUUGACACUUGACUAGCUUCCUGAUCAAGGACGCGCAGGACGACAUGGCGGGAAGUGAGAGGUUAAAGUCUUGAGCUGGUAUACGAGUUUCGAAUGAUCACACCAAGGCGUGCUGCCUAUCUGGGAGAAUGAAAAAAGAACGGAAGUGGAAAGA